AUGUCGUCACUCACCUACAGCGCAGAUCUAGAGCUGCCUCCCUCGACUCCUCAACUGAGUCGGUUCAACCCGCAUGACGUCGCCUUUGGUAUCACGCCGCUAGCGCGCCACCCCGAAGCGCCUCGGCCCCGAACCCCUCUAGGUAUUGGUAAUGGCGCGCCGGUGCCAUGGAACCACUGGUUGGCGAAGCACAAUCUUAACCAAUCCGGCCCCAAUGAUAGCGGCAGUACUCAGCCAAACACCCCUCAAAUAGGGAAACAGACCGGACGAGCGGCGCUUCGCACCAUUAUUUGGGUCUUCAAGUUGAUCAUGUUCAACGAGUCGACGAAGAGGGGUCUCUCACAAAGUCCUAGCAAGGGAGGUUAUGGACACGCGCUGGACAACUCCGCCCAGAAGGCCAGGCUUUUUCGGAAUGCACUCCGGCGCAAGUUGGUGCGGUGCAGGAUUGCCCCAGCUGAGGGCGGCGCAACCCAGCCGAGCGGAGCUGCGAAAGGGGACAGGUUCGGUGGGCUUUGCGCUCCUUUCCCCGCCAUUGCUGGCAGGGGUUCUACACAGGAGACUUCUGAGGAAAACGACCCCGCAGGGCGAGGAAGCCAACCCGAAUAG